CACCAGUAGAUGGAAGGAGAGACAGAUGUGCUCGUGAAAGAGAGACAGAUCAUAAACACAGACAAGAGAGAAUCACACAGACGGAUGUAAGAAAGAAGAACAGAAACGCACGGAGGAGUCUGAUCUCACAGGAAUAUAAGAGAAACAGAAAGAGUGAACAAGACAGAGAUGAAGAGAUGCAGAGAUGAAGAACAGUCCGUUCACCUACACAACACUCUGUAAUGAAGACAGGCAUACAACAAAUCGACUGGAAUAACAGCAAGACGGAUUUAAAAGCAAAACUCUGAUCAAUGCGAUCAUUUCUAAUGCUGUGGAAUACAACCUCCCAAAACACACCACGAAACAAUCAUCUUUGUUUUAGAUAGUAUGCUUAUAAACAAAGGCCACACCCCCUCCAGCUCCUCCUCAGGGGGCUGAGCCAGUCAGCAGAGGUCAUGGGCCGACGGGCAGCUGACGCAUCCAAUGCGGUGCCAGCAUUGGAGGUGCCUCUAGCUGGUGGGCGGGCUGUCCUGUCUCAAAAAUGGGGACCUUUGUGCAGCGUUGGCGUCCAAACCUCGCCAGGUCUCCGCUCACUUCCUUCAUUGAAGAAAAGGACUCAAACAGCCAGUACGGCCAACGGACCGACUGCCGAAACCAUGUCGCUGGACCGGGUGAGGCGCUGUGAAGUCAACGGAAGGCAUGUCAUCAAGGCAGCGUCCAGGAACCAUGUGGCACAGGACAGGACGUCCCAGGAGAGCGAGGUGUACUGUCAAAUCAAAGCCAAUCCAAACCAAUCCGGUCAAAGAGGGAGUUUAAAAAGAACCCCUCGCUACGUUAAUGGAAGUAUUGUUGCGCCAGAGGUGGUAGGCGGAGUUUGCAGCGAAGGGGCGGAGUCUGAGGAAGCAAGGCGACAGAGUCAAACAAUGACGCGUGAAUGCAGACGUGGUCAUUCGCUGAAAGGGGAGGCAGCCAGGCCAUCCACCGGCCCGUACAACACGCCCCCUCGCACAUGUCGAGCGAUGACAUCAUCGCCCAGACUGUGCGCCAGCUGUGGGCGGAGGCAGUCUCAAGCCCCACCCUGCAUGGCGCCCGCUUGUCGCAAACGAGCCGCCAGUCAGGUUCAAGCGAGCAUGACGCUCCCGACGCCACCAAGGAAAAGCUGUUCGCCUCGCUUGCAGAAACGGAACUCUACGGUUGGACAGCCAACAUAUGCGCAAAUCCCCAAUCACACAGUGCAAAACGCAUGCUCCACCCCUUUACAAUCCAACAAAAAAGAUGCAAGAACAGAGGCGUCGACGCACUCUGAAAAGCCCAGUAAUGACUCGACGACGCACAAAAUGCAAAGACGAGUCAAAACAGAAUCAAUCGCACAACAAGACACAAAGGACAAGUGUGCGAUUACGCAAACGCACCAAUCAGCCACGUCUAAAACAAUUGGCUGUGAGUCCCAAGCCACACCCACUCCUCCACCUAAGAAAGACUUGAAGCCAAUACAGGUCAAAUGUAAACCAGCACCUCCAGAACUUCUAAUUGGUAUAGGGGUGGAGCCUAAACCACAAACCCCGCCCCCUCCUCAAUCAGAACCUGCAACCGAGACAGAAACGGACUCUAAAGACACCCACCCACCUCCAACAGAUGAUAUACCACAAUGCAACGGUGCACCCGGUGUUCUACACGGACUGCUGCAGAAUGUAGAAGAAAACCUGCUGUAUAAUCAGGAAAAGAUCAAAGUUCUUCUCAAUGUCAUUCAGGAUCUGGAGAGGAACAAAGCAAUGAGUGAAGGGCGUUGUUCUUACAGAACAGGUCAGGACAUCAACAACUGCUCAACCUGCCAGAAAACAGCCUGCAUCAUUUACAGUGUGGAGCACGACUUCCGCGUGCAGGAGGGACGAUUUCAAAGCAUUCUGGAAGCCUUGGAUGAAGCAGAGUACGAUGUUCCCGGCCCCGUCCCAAAGCCCGCCCACAUACGCCCUCGAACCAAGAGCCGAGUCAAGAAACUGCGAAAGAAGUGUUUCUGGUGGCUGUAGAGAACCGCCUCUACACGAAAAAUUCAUAAUGUAGUUUGUUUGCAUUCACGGGAAAACGCCACCAGCAUGUGGUUACGAUGUUGAAAAACCAAACUUACGGACGUGUAAGCUUCAUAACACAGUCCAGGAGGAUUUGUUAAAAAAACGUUACUCUUACUGAACGGAUUAAGCUUUGAAAUAACUGUUACGUUGUGACAAACUUCUCAAAGCCACGGCUGAACCAAAAGCUCGUCUGACAUCCUGAAAACUUGAGGACAAUUUAAAACCCAAGGAGACCCACAAGACCUUGCAUCUAACCAGUCAAUAAAUCCCCUUCAUAGUGUCUGACAGAGGCAGAACGCAGUCGAUAUCCCUCUUUACGCUGAUGGACGGAGUGUUAUCCUGAUGGAGAUUCUCUGUCUCAUCUCCUCGUCAACGUUCCCUGACCUUUGUGUGUGGAUGGCUUUCGUCCCCGACUAAUGAAUGUCUAGCGCUCUGUUCCCAAGCCUAGCGAUCUGCCUACCUACACAGCAUCUUAAGUAACCAGGAGUCGAGCUCCCCGUGCGGAGGCAGCUUCGGAUUACGCCGUCUUAUAAGAUGCAACCAACACUGCAUUGUGCUUAACGGACAAAUCCUAACCUUUAAUGGAAAGCUCAUACACUCAAAAAUGGAAAUUUGCAGAAAACUAACUCACCUUCGGCUCAUCCGAGAUGUAGAUGAGUUUGUUUCUUCGUUGGAGCGCAAUUUGGAGAUGUGUAGCAUUACAUGACUCAUCAGUGGAUCCUCUGAAGUGAAUGGGUGCCGUCAGAAUGAGAUAAAAACAGCUGAUAAAAACAUCACAAUAAUCCACAAGUAACAACUCCAGUCUAUCAAUUAAUGUCUUGUGAAGUGAUUAAGAUGUUUUUAGCUUCAAACGUUUGCUUUUGGAAUUCCAGAUCCAUAAUAAUGCUUCCUUCCAAAUGUCCCUCUCAUGUACAUUUUUGCCGUUUUGAGAAGGCUGCUUUGGAAAUCUAAUAGGUUACAGAUUACAAGUAGUGUAAUUACUUUAAUACAGUAAUGUAAAUGAUUACAUUUGAUUACUCUUUGUAAAAAGGGUGUUUUUACAAAGGGGAAUUUUGACCGAAGUAUGUUGCAGACCUUUCAAGAAGAACCUAAAGAAUCAUACCGACUUGUGGAAGAUGGGUAUCCAUUGUGCCCUUUCAAACACAGCCACUACAAAAUCAGACUUACUUUGAGGUCGUUCUAAACUUAAAUACAUAUUUAAAAUCACAACAAGAAAUAUUUAAUUAGCUAUGAUACUAUUUCUAAAAUCAAAAAAACACCGGAAUCUAAUGAGGCCUUGAAAAAAGAAUCUUAAAAGUGAAGCAGAGCUGAACAAAAGCGUUAUUGAGUUAAAUUCCUGAAACAUUGUGUUUUUCUAUUUUAUAACAGUCAAUUUAAUUUAUGAAGGAAAUCAGCUGAAUAAACUAAAAAGUAUGUGUGGGGGGAAAAAUAUUCUGAUGUAACCCCCUUUGUAAUACUUAACUUUUCCAUAAGUAACUGUAAUUUAAUUUCACAUUGUGCUCUCAGUAAGCGUUACAUGUAAGUAGUCACUUCCCAACACUGUUCUGGACAACUUUCACUUGUAAGCUGUACUUGAUCUGUGCAUAUUUCUCUCCUCCUCCAGGCAAGACUGCUGUUUUCACUGGAGAAAUAUUAUUAUGAACUAUAGAUUUUUUAAGUAAUAAUGUAUUAUCUUUGUAAUAAUGGAUUCAUUUCUUACAAACAUGCAGCAUUUCGGUUGACAAGGCAUUAAUUCAUGGACUAAAGAGCUGUGUAUUACUUGUGGAUUAUUGUGAUGUUUUUUUUUUUAUUCUGACGGCACCCAUUCCCCUCAGAGGAUCCAUUGUUGAGCAAGUAACAUAAAGUUACACAUCUCCAAAUGUGUUCCAACGAAGAAACAAACUCAUCUACAUCUCGGAUGACCUGAGGGAGAGUUCAUUUUAAGCAAAUUUCCAUUUUAAGAUCAUUCGGAAGCAAUCAGUCACUCUAUGCCUAUUUUACACAGUAAGCAGCUCACUAGGUUUCAAAACGGAGUUUAACAUAUUAAAGAUUAAAACACAAAAUAUUAAUUUUUAAGUUCUGAAAUUCUGAAGUUUCGAUGUUGUUCAAGAAGCAAAACCAAUUUGACAUUCUUGGAUUAAAUCUGUGCCAUUUUUAGUUGUACGUAUGUACAUGUACAUAAGCAUAUUUUUAAUACGCUGUAUCAAAUUAAAAGAAGUUACAUUUUUCCAAAACCAUAUCACAUUCGGUUCCCUGCGGGCCGUUUUCAGGUGUAUGCGAAUGGCCCCUGUUGCUACAGCUAUAUCUAAUCAAAAUUACCAUAAUUACUAAAUGAGACUCUACUCAGAAUUAUCCCGUUUCUCGGAAUCAGAAAUGGUUCAUUUCUAUGGCAACGCUAAAAUGACUGCAAACUGCUGAAUAGCACCAAAACGGCAGCAUGUCCGGCUUUACCCGUGAUGAAAUGAAAAUAAUGAAUCACCACAUUAAUUUACCUCCAUAAUCUCAGCGCAUCAGGAAACAUAACAAAACAGUAGUAAAGGUAAUAUACAGUAUGACCAGAGGUACAGCAGCCCUUGUUUUCCUGUAAUUGAAGCUGCUGUCAGUUCUAGUGAGUUUCUGACUUGUAAAGUUCGACGAAAACACGGGCAGGUUUCGCUACGGUACUUGGAAACCGGUAAUUAUGGUAAUUUCACCGCGACAUGAAAUCCGUAAUAAUGCAAUAUGCACAACACAAACACGCGAGACUAAAUUUAAAGUGUAGAUGUUUGAUGUUCUCACGGACAUUGUAGCUUUAAUGUUUAGAUUCAUUAUAAUCAAUUAAUUCACGAAUACUGAUAAGCUUUUCUCUAUCGUUCACGCACCUUCUCAUACACAGAUCAACGCGUUUUGCUUCCUAGAGUACGUAAAACACACACUGGUUCGAACGCACGUCUUCCACUCCGUGUCUGUCCUGUAUUCACGUCCAAACUUGAAAAUAUACAGUAUAUACAUAUAAAUAUAUAAAAUAACAAAUAUUGUAUUCAAUGUAUUUUUAUACGCUGAUAUUCCGAUAGUCUAAGACUACAUUUCCUGCAGUGCACUUCUUCUUCCUCCACUCCACUUGUUUGUAAUUGAGAUAUUUAAGAUGACGUCAAUAAAAUUGUGUA